UCUCACUGCACGCGCACGAGCGAGCUUAUUUCACCUUCACCGAUCACGGAGGCGUCGUCACACGCACGCACGAGCGCUGUCCGUUUGAAUCACUGGGUUUACAGCCACGUAUCCUUCACACCGCUAGAAGUCGGAUGAUUUGCAUUUGAAAACGUAUUUGACCAAAUACUAAACAGAAUCUGGAUUUAACGCGCUGACCCUUUAUAUGGACCGCGCUCUUUGCAGCAUUCUGCGUAUUUCUCCACUGUAUUUUCCCCGUAGAUAGUAGUCAGAUUUCAGAAUAAGGCGAAAUGGCAACGGACGAGCUGUCAUCGAAGUUGAACCGCAGGCUGCAGAUCGAGGAGGGCGAGCACGACCCGGUGGCCCUGGACGAGGCUCACGAGAACGGAGCGCACGAGAAAACAGCCACGUCCAGCGCGGACUCAGAGCUGGGAGCCAAGCUGCAGCGGCGCGGCGAGCUGAACGAGGGCGUCGGUGAACACCAGCAGCCCAGCAUGAAGGUGUUCAACCCCUACACCGAGUUCAAGGAGUUCUCGAGGAAGCAGAUCAAAGACAUGGAGAAGAUGUUCAAACAGUAUGAUAUAGAGAAAGAUAACUUCAUCGAUCUGAUGGAGCUGAAGCUGAUGAUGGAGAAACUCGGAGCACCUCAGACUCACCUGGGCCUGAAGAACAUGAUCAAAGAAGUAGAUGAGGACUUUGAUGGCAAACUCAGCUUUAGAGAGUUUCUUCUUAUCUUCAGAAAAGCUGCAGCAGGAGAGCUGGCGGAGGACAGCGGGCUUCAUGUCUUGGCACGUUUGUCAGAGAUUGACGUGUCGACUGAGGGAGUGAAGGGAGCCAAAUCAUUCUUUGAGGCAAAAGUGCAGGCCAUUAACGAAUCAAACCGGUUUGAGGCAGAAAUCCGUCAGGAGCAGGAAGAUAAGAAGCGUCAGGCGGAGGAGAGGAAACAAAGACAAGCCGCUUUCAAAGAGCUGAAGUCAGCCUUCAAAUAGCCUCAUCCAGCUCGACAGCCUCGAUUUACUCAUCACCUUUGUCCGUCUGUCUACCAUCAGAGUCCCCCGUAAUCAGAGAUACUAUGCAAGGCUGUGAAAUGCUCAGAGAUCCAUGCAGAUUCAUCUUUCUGAGAAAGGGACACCUGUGUAGUUUGUGCUCAUGAGCGGAUGUUGCUGUUGAAAUCGUCUGUUUAUUGUUGCCUGUUUCUCUCGCUCUCUCUCAGGCUGAUUUUAAAUGUGAAGCCAGACACUGAUCUCAAUACACUGGAUUGGAUUUGUUCUGUUUCAGUCACACGUGUGUGUAUAUAUGUACUGUAGUCCAUUCACCCAAUCAGUUUCCUUUUAGUUUGAAUGGCAUUUUGUCUUGUUCUCGUCAAUGUGCCAGUAGAUUCAAAUCUAAAAUUUUAAAGUUUUUUUUUAAAUCAACCAGUACUCUCAGUAUGCCAUAUCCAGUCUGUUGUAUUCAUAUCAGUGGCAAUUUAAGCAGGAAAUGCUUUUCACUGUACCGUGACUAAUUCGACUUUGAUCGUUGACAAUUUGAACAUGAGAGGACAAACACCAGACCUCUGCUGUCGUUCACAGAUACAUUAAAUAUUAAGAGUAUAAAAUAAACUAUAUUUUUUAUUGAGCGGAGAGAGAGAGAGAUGGAGAAGUGGAUUUGGGUGUAUGUGCAUGUGUGGUGAUGAUUGUAAUGGUGUUUGUUGACUGUCUAUCACUAUUUUCUUGCAUGGUCACUGUGGUGUUGGUUUUCCUACAUGGUUCCCUUUAGUCUAUAAGGUGUCCAGAGUUAAAUGUGGCACACACAGGCUUACAAUUAGUCUUUAAGAUCAAAAUGAUGACAUGAAAUGGCUGUAAAUUUGAAACGGCUUACUUUUGCCUUACAAAAGUAAGUCAUUACAAUUUAAUUUCUUCAGCUUGUUUUUCCAAACCUGAAUAGCUUUCUUCUGUGGGACACAAGGGUUUACUUUGGAAAAAGUUUAUACUGUUUUUGUCCAUAUAAUGAAAGUCAGUGGGAUCCAGAACUACAUUCAACCCUCUUAAAAAACACAAAUAUCACUGAGAAAUUUUUCUUUGGUGUGUGAAGAGAGAAAUUCAUACAGGUUGGUAUGAUGUGGGUGAAUUAAUUAUUUUGGGUGAACUUUCCCGUAAGAGUCAACUCCCUAAAUCUAAGUCUGGGUUGCUUAAUAUUAUUCAGAUUAGGACCAGAAUUGCAAGCCUUGCACAGCAGCCCAUGCUCAGUGAGAUACGGUAAAAUGAAAAAGUGUUUCAUGCAUAGAAUAUAGACAUCAUUUGCAAAUUAAAUACGCAUGGCUUUUCUGUAGAGCCAGUGCAUGUAAUUCAACUUCUAAAUGAAAGAAUGCCAUGUGUCUGAAUAGGAUGUAAUCUUAAAGUAUUUAGUUAAAAAAAAAAAAAAUAGAAUAGGUUUCAAAGUUUACUGUGACAUCAUCUGAAAAAUGAGGGAACAUUUCUAUUGAAAUCAACCAAAAGCAUAAUGAAUUUAACCUUUUAUGUUCAUUUGACAUGCAGUACACUGUGGCAAAGUUAACUGAGAUGCUAUGUAUAAAGUCAAAUCUAUAUUUUCAUGUAAUGAAAAUCAAAAAAUAAUUUUAGUUUUGUAUGGAAUGGGGUCUUGUGAAAAGAAACGUUCUUAUUUUCUCAAUAUGAAUUUUGUUGCCUACAAUCUUGUCUCCCUUUGGUUCUCCGUGUAUCUGAUAUUCCUUUGGUUUUUCCAUUACAAUCUAAUCAGUAAAGGCAAAAUACCCUUUAGUCUUUUCUAUAAUGGAGACAAUACUGUGGGCAAUUGCUAUGCUUCAUGUUGUUCUUUGUUUUUGUGUUCUGAGUCACUGCUAAAUGUUCCUGUUUGCUCACUAGUUCUGUGGAAAUUCAAAUAAUAGGUGUAUAAAUAUUUGUCUCCCAAUCUUGCCACUCAUCCACAUGUUCUUUUUCUUUUGUUAUCUACUGUUCAACUAAAAGGUAUUUAAAAUAUUGGCUGUUAAAGGGUGAAUGUGGUCUAUAUGUUAUUGAAUGAGGAGUCGACUGAUGACACCGAUCACACAGCUGUUGCAUUCUGUUAGAAGCCAUAAACCAUUCUGUCAUUGCUUUUGAGAGAUUUUAGCGGUUCAGUUGUUGUCGUGCCAAAUGAUUUCAUUGAAGUUAAUUUUAGUACAACAUUCCCUGAAAUCCAUCAGGAUAUUUCUGAUCAACAGCCCUAGCAGAGAUUUGAAUUAAUGAGCACUGCUAAUUGGAAUUUAGAUUGAACAUCACUGAUCUACACUGUUAAAACUU